GUGUGCACUGGGUGCGGCAGGCCUCUUUUUCUGGGUGUGCACUGGUUAUCCUGGGAUGGAUCUGUCACCCAGAGCAUAGGCACAGAGGUGGCCAGCAGGCAUGGUGCUGUGAUGGCGCUUUUGGCAAACUGUCAUUUUACAUCUGGAGGGCGUGGCAUGGGCCACAGAGGUGCAUUGUGGGUAGUAGAAGAUGGACUGGCAGGUCUGCUGACUGAAGUCACCUGAGGCAUUCAGGUCUGAUGCUCUUGACCUAAGGAACGUUACUGAAAUACGUAGUGAUGUGAAACAGAGAAAUUAAGUCAAAAUUGUAUAGGAAAGUCUAGAGGAAAUUAUCAAAACUACAGUGUUUCAAAGGAGUCACUGGAAAGAUUAUGUGGUAUUCUCAUUUAAAAGCAUAUUAAAUAUAUGAUAUUGCAUUAACCUGCGACACGGACAAGGUUAAGCAGUUGGAUAAUAGAUGGAGGGAUGGAUGGACUACAUUAAUGUUAGUGAUUGUACCACGUAUGAAAAUGUUACAGGACAUUUCUGCUGCAUGAUUCACUAACAGCUGCCAGGAAGACAUGGUAAAAUGAAUGCAGCUACAGUAAAUGAUUAGGACAGUGUGUCUGUGAUCAGAAGGGCGGUGCUGCGGAUUCCCCCAUCGGCAGAAUGGUGUCACUGAUGGACUCCUGGGCAAGGCAGGUAGCUCCCGAUUAUGAGCUGAUUUCAGGGCGUCCCUUUGGAUAAUAGCAUCUGCUAAAUAAAUAAGUAAAAUUACUUUUUAUAAUGAUGUGAAAUUCACACCAGCAUUCUCUUCAUCUCUGUCUCUUCCCUGUAUCUCUUCAUCGGUCACAGAAUGUCUCUGCUGAUCAUUGACCUACUGGGGGGGGGAGAAGGGCAGGAGGGAGCAACACAGCGCAACUGAUACCACCUCCAGCUCAUAUUUACUGAAUAGGUAGUGAAACAAGACAGAAAGACUCAGGCUGUAAGACGGAAGGAGAGAGCGAGAGAGUGAAACAGGAAGUGUCAUGAAACGGACGAGACAAGUGUGAAGGCGUGGCCGGCUGGUUUAAAAAAGCCCAGCAGGGUCAGGCCGGCAGACACACUCGCACAUGUGCUAGCACUCCACGCUGCCCUGCUGUACGCCGUGCACACUACAGCGUGCUCUAUGCCGAACUCUACCGCACUGGCUACACCAGUGUUUUCAAAGACAACACUGUGCCCGGCUCCAGCACUGCAGACAGGAGCUCUUCUCACGCCUGCUGAUCAUCUCCACUUUCUGGGGAUUCAUCUUUAUUUGUAUUUGUUAUUUUUACAAACUGCACUGCACCCACCGCCCCUGCUCCGCCCGUCGGCCCCAUGGAGGGAGCCUCCGUAUCUCCCCAGGUGUUUGUGGUGGACAGCCAGGUCGGCCUGCCAUCGCGCCCCACCGCCUCUCCCUGGCAGCUCAGUAAGACGGCCUGGAGACUCCUCUUGCUGCUGCUUUUCCUGGCUCUACUCGGCGUGGCUGUGGAGGCCUGCUUCAUCUACUACUUCUACAAGCACUCACCAGCACUGCUGCAGGAAGACCGUGGCUCCCACUCUACUCUGAAGGGCUCUUCAGAUCUAGAGAAUGAAGUAAUAGUUUCUGGCAAAAAAGGAAUGCAAGCGUCUGUGAGCCCAUCCAAACCCUCGGCUCACCUUACGGGAACGAUCAACAAUGGGCUCCUUACCUGGGGCGUGUUUGGGGACGCCUUCCUCCAUGACAUGAAAAUCGAGGACAACCAGCUGUACGUACCCAGAGAAGGAUUCUACUACAUCUACUCCAGCAUCAUGUUUAUAGAGCCACACUUUGGCCAGUUCAAGCACAGUGUGCUGAGGCACACACCACGCUACGGCAGCGAACUGGAGCUCAUGAAGGCCAUAUGUUACAGCAGCGGACAGCAGAAGAUGAGUAACAUGAGGAACAGCUACCUGGGUGGGACCUUCCGCCUCGACGCCGGCGACAGCUUGUCAAUCAAGCUGGAAAACAGCACAUUGGUGCGAUACCAGCAAGUCACUGAAAACUUCUUUGGCGCCUUCAUGAUUUAAAGAGGCAGCAGACUGGCCAGUGCCCGAGGCUUGGCAACCUUGGCUUCUCUGCUUAUACGACAGGUUCCUGCAGGUCCACCGUGCGGAGGACAAGGCUGGCCACGUCAGGAGUGCCCAGAUCACCCCACAUGCAAGAAAUCCAGUCAGCAAAUGGUCGUAAAGAUUACAUAGACUCAUGGCCAUGUUGUCUUAAGCAACCCUUGACUCACCUCAGCCUGCCUGAUAUUCAGGUGCGAAAACACAGCUUAAACAAGAUCACUCUUUUAUUUAUAUGGGUGGACAGUAUAUAAACGAACUCAACCAUGCGUUUCAGCUGAUCAUCCGGCUCUGAAGCUACCAAUCACAGCUGCAUUCUCACACAUCUACUUAUAGGCCCGGCUCUGAGGAGGGGCAGAACCCUGGGGGAGCCAUCAUGUGAUGGGAUUCAUUCUGCUUGCUACUGCUUGGUCACAGUAACAGAUUAUGAUCUUCUUUUCAAUCCCAUUAUUUUAUCUCUAUUUUUAGUAACGCACUAAAAUUCAGCCAUGUGGGAUUGAUGUGUUCAUGUGCUUGUUGUUUUGCAUCUUUCUGUAUGUUGUUUUAUACUGUAGCUCAGAAUUGUCUGACGUCCAUGUGAAAGACGUAUAAUUGCAUGAUGCCGUAAUAUGAGAGGACUAAGAACACCAAGAGUUUAGGCAUAUUUUCAAAUCGGCCUCCUUACACAGGUACACAGAAACCUUGGCCCAUAACAGUGGCCCCCUCUCAAUCAACAAAUUCCUGAUGAUCAUCUGCAUUUCUGGUUAACCGGCUACAGAGCUGUCACUGGCUAACCGGCUACAGAGCUGUCACUGGCUAACCGGCUACAGAGCUGUCACUGGCUAACCGGCUACACAGCUGUCACUGGCUAACCGGCUACAGAGCUAUCACUGGCUAACCUGCUACAGAGAUGUCACUGGCUAACCGGCUACAGAGCUGUCACUGGCUAACCGGCUACACAGCUGUCACUGGCUAACCGGCUACACAGCUGUCACUGGUUAACCAGAUACCUGGGGCCCAGGAAGGACUGACAGCUUUAAACUGUGUGCUGUGUGAAAGACGCUCCUCACUGACCUUAGUGGCUACAGAUUAAGGCAGGAGGCUGACAGAUUGAUUUAGGUUCAUGUGCACUGAUAUAUUUUAUUUCCCCUGAUUUUCUGUAUAUAAUGCUUGUAUUUAUUUAUUCAUUUCAGCAGUAAUGAAAUCCCUAUGCCUUUUACAAAGUCUUAGCAAGAAAAAAUCUGCUGUAAAUUAUCCAUUAUGAAAGGAAAGAAAUAAAUGAAAUGAAUUAAAUAAAUAGUGAAAUACACCAUGGA